AUGGAUCAAGAUCAAGUUGCUCAUCUUCUCGAACUUGAAGAUAAGCUGAGUCAUAUCAGAUCUCAGAUCAAUUCUAAACUCAACAACCAAAAACAUAUUGCCAUUAUAUUGACCGCUGUUGAAGAAAAUAUCGAUGAGCAGCAAGCCACGAAUAAGAACAUUGUAAAUUAUCUAAUUUCAUUCAUGUCACUCUUAGAUCAAGCCACAAACCCAGAAACACAUGAAAUAAUUGAGCUCCAACUGGCAACUUCCGCUACGUACUUGCUAGAUAUACUCUUCAAGUACACGCCCAAAGCACUAUUAAGAUCUAAAUUUGCUGAAAUGCUUACCAAAAUAGCGCCAUGCAUUACAGAUGAAAAAUCUCAAGCUCCUCUUAUAAAAUCUGCCGUUGGAUGCCUGGAAUCACUUUUGAUUGCCCAAGAUUCCCAGUCUUGGAACAAUACGCAGAAUUUAAGCAUCACUCCAACAAGAGGGCUUAGCGGUCUAUUGGAAUUAUCAUUAGAUCCCAGGCCGAAGGUUAGAAAGAGAGCACAAGAUGCCAUCAGUAAUAUUCUUUCAAAUCCUCCCCCUUCCCCUACUGCCGAGCACGUUGCCGCUCCUAUAGUUGCAGAAUUCACAAUAAACGCCCUAGCAUCUGCUAUGGAUGAGGCAUCCUCAGUGUCAAACAAGAAGCUGAAAGCUCAGGGAGGCUCUAAUGAGUUUAAUACCAAGAUAAUUCAUAUCCUGAAAUUGGUGAGCAAAAUCUUGUCGACGAAACAAUGGCCUUCCUCACGAAUUGAUGCUUUAUGUGAUGUGUUACUUGAGAUUUCUAAAUCAUCCGACGAAUUCUUAGUCUCAAGUUCUUUCCAAUGUUUCGAAUCCCUAUUUCAAUCGAUUGCCGAAUCCACUGCUUCCUCCGGUUUAGUGGAAAACAAGUUUUUGAAAGUUUUGGAUGUUAUCUUCUCUCUGAAACCAUCAAAUAACGAUAUGAACUUGGCCAAUACGUGGAUUUCUGUUGUUGGUAAAGGAAUGUCCACUUAUGCAAAAUAUCAACCGCUGACGUGUUUUAUGAAACUCCCCGACGUUUUCAAUAUUAUGGGCUUUUAUCUAGCAAGUGAAACUCCAGAGGUGUAUAAAAGUGCCUCAAAGUGCCUGAAUACCAUUCUGAAUGACACUGUUCAAGAAGACCUUUUACUUUAUCCUCCUGCUGUUGACGAAAAGACAUUUGAAACUGUGGACAAUGUUAUAAGCUCUUUAGCCGACGUGUUCGUUGAAUUUUUAUCAAUAAAGUAUGUUCAUUGUGCGAAGGAAAUACUUGCUGUCCUUACAACAGGAUUUAACAAGUUCACGUUGAGAUGCAAUCCAGAUUUUUUAAAACCACUUGCUAUUGUUGGAGAAUGGAGAACGAAUGAAGAUAACUUUCUCGAUUUCAAAAUUGAGUCAGAAAUUGCAAUUGGAGCUGCAAUUUCUGCCAUCGGUCCAGAUACAGUUACUAGCAUACUUCCAAUGAACUUAAAAUCGAACUCACCUAGUCAACCAGGACGUGCAUGGUUGAUUCCGUUAGUUCGUGAUUUUACAAAGCACAGUAAACUGGCAAUAUUCGUGAACCAAUUUCUUCCGCUAAUCAGUUUCUUUGAAUCUAAAAUUGAAGGUAUGGAGAAAGAGUCGGUGCAAGCUAAAGUCUUUCAAACUGUUAUUGACCAGGUAUGGUCCACAUUGCCCAGCUUUUGCGAGUUACCAGAAGACUUAAGAACGUCAUUUACGGACGAGUUUGCUGCUGAAUUAUCUUCCCUUUUAUACAGCAAUGUUGGACUGAGACCAACUAUUUGUCGAGCUUUCAAAAAUCUGGUGGAAAGCAACUCGUCUUAUGUCAGUGGAAGCAUUGAGACACAUUUAUUGUUACAGCAGCAAUUUCCACGCGUUGAAGCCGAUGAAAACCUAGUAUAUCUUUCUUCAAAAGCGUCUAAUCUUUUGGCAGUUCUAUUCAAUGUUUACACUCAAACAGCCCCAAAUGCAAGAGGUUAUAUUUUGGAGACCAUUGAAAGUAUUUUAAAGAUUACAAUCGCAGAGGAUUUAGAAAAAACUUUCAAUAACGUCUGCGCUUUGUUAAAGGGUGCUUUUGAGGAGGAAGCAAAUGGCAGAGAAGUCAAGAAUGGUGGCGUGAGGAUGAGCGCUACAUUAUUGGAUAUUGUCGUUGCGAUGACAAAGUACGUCCCAGUUCAAUGUUAUGGUGCACUUUUUGCCCUUUUCAAUACUACCGUCAAUUCUACCGAUGCAUUAACUCAGAAGAGAUCCUACAGAAUUAUAACCAAACUUUCUGAGCUUGAGAAGGGUUCGGAGGCUAUCCAAAAUUACAUUGCAAACAUUGAAGAUGUUAUGAUCCAAAGUGCAAAUACCGUCCAGACAUCCUCAAAGGCUGCGAGGUUACAAGCUCUCAAGACACUCAUCGACAUGAUUCCGGUGGAUCACUUAGGAUUCAUUGUCCAAGUGGUUCCUGAAGUUAUUCUGGCAACAAAGGACGUGAACGAAAAGACAAGAGAAUCAGCCUUUGAGACCUUGAUCAAAAUGACCCAAAGGAUGUCCGAUCCAAAUGGCGUUAUCAUCCUUUGUCAGAUUCCUGGAUAUGACCCUACCAUACCUAAUCAAACAUCCUCUAUUUCAGAGUUCUUUAAAAUCAUAUCUGCUGGUCUGAUUGGUGAGUCGCAACAUAUGGUUAGCGCAACUAUCACGGCAUACUCCUGUCUGGUAUUUGAAUUCAGGGAUCAGGUAAGUACAGAAGUUUUGCUCGAUAUUUACGAUACGAUUGAGCUGUACUUAACCUCCAACUCUAGGGAGAUUGUGAAAAGCGCUAUUGGUUUCGCAAAGGUUUGCUGUCUUGGGCUUCCAGAAGAAAUGAUAAAACCAAAGAUUCCAGCUAUUCUACCUAAAUUAUUGCGUUGGUCUCAUGAGCACACAGGGCAUUUUAAAGCUAAAGUAAAACACAUUAUUGAGCGCUUGAUAAGAAGAUUUGGUUAUGAUUUUAUUGACCAGAACUUCCCAGAGGAAGAUAAGAGGCUUUUGGCGAACAUAAGAAAGACUCGUAAUAGAAAUAAAAGAAAAGGGACUGAUGAAGUCAACUUACCAGAGGUCAAUUCUGCUGAUACAGCCAAAAAGGGAUCGAGAUUUAUGUCUGCCUUGGAUGAGGUCUUAUAUGAAUCAUCUGAAGAAGAUGCCAGCGAUGAAGAAGGGAAUCCUAACCAGCGUAGAUCCAAGAAGUUCAUCGUUGAAUCUAAAGAAAAUCCUUUGGAUCUUUUGGACGCCCAAACGUUAAGCCAUAUAUCCUCAACAAGGCCUAAAAAGUUUGACAAGGGUUCUAGAAGAACUGUCAAGGAUGAUGUCGUCAGUUUUGAUGCCGAAGGGAGGAUGGUUGUAGACAAUGAAGAUGGCAAGACAGAGGAGCAGAAUGAUCCUCUGAAGGCAAUAACUAGUGGAAUUAACGCCUAUCUGGAAGCUGUAGAACAUGGUCCUAUCAGAGGACAGAAGAACAGACUGAAAUUUAAAAAAGGAAACAGAGCGGGCAAUGAUGAGACUUUCAGCGAUGAUGAAGCGGAGUCUAAAUUGGUCAAGAAAAUCGAAGGAAAAAACAGAAAGUCAGUUAAGAAAGGCGGGAAAUUCAAAUCUAGAAGAAAGCUUUGA